CCAAAGAGUGUAUGCCCCCCCCUCCCAAUCCAACCCCCUUUCAUCAAUUAAAACAGAAAAAGCUCACCAAACAAAAUUCAUAAAAAUUAAAGGGUUCCUGUUACCAAGCUUGGCCGUCUCGUAAAGGCUGGCAAGAUCAAGAACUUGGAAGAGAUCUACACCUUCUCGCUUCCCGUCAAGGAGUACCAAAUUGUGGACUAUUUCUUGCCCUCGUUGAAGGAUGAAGUCAUGAAGAUUAUGCCUGUCCAGAAGCAGACGCGUGCCGGUCAGCGCACUCGUUUCAAGGCCUUUGUUGUCAUUGGUGACUCGGACGGCCACGUCGGUUUGGGUGUCAAGUGCUCCAAGGAAGUCGCCACCGCUAUCCGUGGUGCUAUCAUCUUGGCUAAGCUUUCGGUCAUCCCUGUCCGCCGUGGUUACUGGGGUACCGCUCUUGGUGAUCCCCACACUGUGCCUUGCAAGGUUACUGGCAAGUGUGGUUCGGCCAUGUGCCGUUUGAUCCCUGCUCCCAAGGGUACUGGCUUGGUCGCUGCUCCUACUCCCAAGAAGGUCUUGCAGCUCGCUGGUAUCACUGACUGCUACACUACCUCGCGUGGUUCCACCCGCACUUUGGGUAACUUUGUCAAGGCUACCUUUGCUGCUAUUGGCAACACCUACGGUUUCUUGACUCCCGAUCUGUGGGAAGAGACUGAGUUCACCAAGGCUCCCUUCCAAGAGCACACUGACUUCCUUGCUCUCAAGCAGCGAAAGUAAAAGGACCAGGACUUUUUUGUUCUCUCUCUUUUUCAAAUAUAAAAUGAAAAAAAAGAUAAUAAAAAAAAUAUGCCUUUUUUUUACUUUCU